GUAGAUCCGGCCGCCGCUCUCUCCUUUAUACAUCACCAGCCGGCUGCCGUACCAAGCGAUGAACGCCCAUAUCGCGAAAGACAAGCCCAUGCUGCCGACGGCGAGCCCUUUCGCGAUCCCCUGCCGGAUCCCGAGCCUCAUGGUCCGCUCGAGGAUGGCGGAGUAGCCGUCGGCGAUGCGCCUCUCGGCGGUGAAGGAGUAGACGGUCUUGAUGGAUCCCAGGGCCUGCGCGACGACGCCGUUCGCCGCGGCGUACUCGGCGGUGGAUUUUCGCGAGAGGAAGAUGAGGUACUUGCCGUAGAUGAGACCGGGGAUGAUGAGGAGGAGGAGCGUCGGGAAGGCGACGACGGCCAGCCGCCACGAGAAGUAGGCGGCGAAGGCGAGGCCGGAGAUGAACACCGAGCUGUGCAUCAGGAAUGUUGGUACCUGCAAAAAAAGGUACCUUUUCACUGAGGACUUCCUGAAAGAGGGAAGUGUCCUUGGAGAUGCUGUUGAUGACCUCAGAAGUGGUGGCUUCCUGUGAGUCAAAGAAGCCAACUUCCUGCCUCAGAAUCGACUCCAGCCAUGAAGCUGCUUCGAUCUGCUUGGUUCUGACCAUAUCCCAGGCUGUUCAUAAGGCGGCUGGCGAACACAAGCAAGAUGUUUGUAGACAUCCCAUCUCCAAUUGCCCCAACCGUCCCCAUCACCAUCAACACCACAUCUGCCCAAUCAGCAUACCUAAGUAUCGUGCCAAAGCUCACCUUCUUCUUCCUCCUCUCCAUCUCCAUCUUCUCCAAUGGAGAU